AACAGAAAAUUCAAAAAAAUCAAGAAAAAAGCUUUCAAUGUCGUUCACUCACACGCACCCUUCCAAAACCCUAACCUGCACUUCCCUCUCCGGAAACCCUAACAUCUACAGACGACUCACCACUGUCUCCAUGGCGACGGACCGAGCCGCCGCAGUCCCCUCCCCGCCGCAGCAGCGGAGGAGGACCAUGUCCGCCCUAGAAGCCCGAGUCUCCCUCGUCGCCGCUCUCGCUAUUCAAGCGUCGUCUCUCUCCCAGCAACUUUUGCUCGAGUUGGCCACGGAGACUGCAAAAUAUGUCUUCCCCAAACAGUUUGAGGCUCGUACUCUCGAAGAAGCCCUCAUGGCAGUUCCGGACAUUGAAACGGUGAAGUUCAAAGUUCUGAGUAGGAGAGACCAGUAUGAGAUUAGAGAAAUUGAGCCUUACAUUAUAGCAGAGACAACAAUGCCUGGAAAGACUGGUUUUGAUUUCAAUGGUGCAUCUCAAUCCUUCAAUGUCUUAGCUGAAUACCUGUUUGGUAAGAAUACCACCAAGGAGAAAAUGGAGAUGACCACACCGGUUUAUACACGUAAAGUUCAAUCGGAUGGGGAGAAAAUGGAAAUGACAACUCCUGUGAUAACAAAGAGGCUGGGAGAUCAAGAUAAAUGGCAGAUGUCCUUUGUCAUUCCCUCAAAAUAUGGUGCCAAUACGCCAUUGCCUAAAGAUCCAUCUGUAAGGAUCGAAGAGGUCCCUAGGAAAGUAGUUGCAGUUGUUGCCUUUUCAGGGUUUGUUACUAAUGAGGAAGUUAAGAAACGAGAAUCCAAGCUAAGGGAAGCUCUGAAAAAUGAUGGACAGUUCCAAGUGAAGGAGGGAACUUCAGUGGAAGUUGCACAGUAUAAUCCACCAUUUACACUUCCAUUUCAACGGCGUAAUGAGAUCAGUCUGGAAGUCGAAAGUAAAGAGGAAUAGUAGUUUCUAUACGGAAAUUUACAAUCUUGUGGUUAUCGACUAUACACCAUUUCUCCUGUAAAGAAAGUAGAAGCUAAAGUGAGUUGGAUAUCUGCUAAUCAAAUAUAUUAUGUAACGUCAUACAGUAUGUAAAUAUAGUAAUAGGGACUACAUAAAGUUUGUGAUAUACCAGUUUCUGAUAUGUAUAUUGGUUACUCUCUUCACCUA